CAGUUUCUCUUAUCUGUACUAUGAACAAUACGCUUAUUUGACCUUGAGCGUGUUUAAUUAUAUGGGAUCCCCUCGAUGUUACAGAGUAAUGAAAAAGCGCUGUUUUCGAGGUUUCGGUUGUCUUCGAUCAUCUGAUGAUGUAACUACUGGCAUCCGAAAGAAGUUGGUAAUUGUUGGUGAUGGAGCCUGUGGGAAAACAUGCUUACUCAUUGUUUUCAGCAAAGAUCAAUUUCCAGAAGUUUAUGUCCCAACAGUAUUUGAAAACUAUGUCGCUGAUAUUGAGGUUGACAAUAAACAAAUUGAACUAGCUUUAUGGGAUACAGCUGGUCAAGAGGAUUAUGAUCGCCUCCGCCCAUUAUCCUAUCCAGACACUGAUGUAAUUUUGAUGUGUUAUUCCAUUGACAGUCCUGAUAGUUUGUCUAAUAUCAAAGAGAAAUGGAUACAAGAAGUUAGACAUUUUUGUCCACACGUACCAAUCGUAUUGGUUGGUAACAAAAGUGAUCUCAGAUAUGACGAUAAAGUUAUCAAUGAACUUGCCCGUUUAGGUCAACAUCCAGUUACAUCCGAAGAAGCAAAGGCAGUAUCCACUUAUAUUGGCGCUUAUAAAGAAGUUGAAUGUUCAGCAAAAAAUAAAGAAAAUGUACGUCAAGUAUUUGAAAUCGCUACAAAGGCAUGUUUAACAGUACGACGGAAACAUAAAAAAUGUUAUCAAUUAUUUUGAACUUUGUUGUUCUUCUUGUUCUUCCCCUUCUUGUUCCUCAUUUCUCUUGUAUUUUCUAAAAAUGAUAUCAUAAUAUUAUUAUUUAACUGGAAUUAACUGUAUGGUAUUUUUGAUUAGUGAAUAUUGUUAAAGUGUGGGUUUUUCACUUACAAGGUGAUGGAUAAAUGAUUGAGAACAAACGAUACAUUCCUACUUCUCAUCUCUGAAUAAUUUUAUUCAGUUAACACUGAUGAUACUUCUGCUAUUGUUAGCUUUAGCUUGUUACUUCGCUGUGUAAUCAUGUUCUUCUUUUUCUGCUUCUUUUUCUUUUAUGAAAUUGUUCUGUUCAAAGAAAAUUGAUCUUUGCUUUUUACGCACAACUAAUGUCAAUAAACAAUUAAAUAGGUAGAUAAGAACUGUUUGUUUGUUUGUAUGUGUGUGCGCAUGCAUUACCCACUUAAUGAUAAUCAUUUGUAUAUCUUGUUUCAACGUUUGUGGUUCUUAAAAUUGAACAAUAAUUUGUAUAAUGAGAAAUUUUCAACUGUUCAUUACAUGUGUGUGUGUGCUCACGUGUACGAUUAUUUAGAAUUUUCAAAGAAACAGGUGUCUUAUGUUGAUUUUUUUUCGAAGUUUAUGUUUCCUGCCAAGAUAUUACUAUUCGUUUAUGAUCCGUAGCUGAAAUAAAA